AGAGACAGGGAGGGAGAGAGAUAAUGGAAAGAGAGAGGAAAUACAUAUUGGAUUAACAAAAAAUCCCUCUCACAUUAAUCGGAAUACAGCGGGAUACGGUAUGGAGUCUAGUGAGCUAUUUUUAAGUGUGUUUGUCUGACACACUUUCAGCACCACUGAACAUCUGACGGUGGAACGGACGAGGCAUGCAUAACGCGAGCCACCGCCUGGCAGAGAACGAGAGCGAGCCUCAGCUGCCCGACCCACACACGGAUUUACCCGCCACUCGCGCACUCAUCGGCUGCGUCCUCUCCCUGCUCAUCCUUUGGACCCUACUGGGAAACUUCACGGUGUGCGCCGCGGUUCUGCGUUACCGGCACCUGCGCGCCAAAGUCACCAACAUCUUCAUUGUGUCUCUGGCGCUGUCGGACCUCCUCGUGGCGCUGCUUGUGAUGCCGUGGAAGGCGGCGGCAGAGGUGGUGGGGUUCUGGCCCUUCGGUGCGUUCUGUGACACCUGGGUGGCGAGCGACAUCAUGUGUUCCACGGCGUCCAUCUUGAAUCUGUGCAUGAUCAGCGUGGACCGCUACUGGGCGAUAUCCAGCCCGUUCCGUUACGAGAGGAAGAUGAACCGCCGCGUGGCCUUCGUCAUGGUCGGCGUGACCUGGACGGUCUCCGUGGUGAUAUCAUUCGUGCCCGUUCAGCUCCACUGGCACCGGGCUGGGAUUGCCGGAGGGGCGGAGGAGGCGAAUGGCGGCGUUGUCGAACACUGGAACUGCGACUCGAGUCUGAGUCGGACUUACGCCAUCUCCUCCUCGUUAAUCAGUUUCUAUAUCCCCGUGGCGAUCAUGGUCGUCACGUACACACGUAUCUACCGUAUCGCCCAGGUCCAGAUACGCAGGAUAUCCUCUCUGGAGCGAGCCGCAGAGCACGCACAGAACUGCCGCUCAGACCCACACGUACAACGGGCCCUGAGGUACUCCAUUAGGAAGGAGACCAAGGUUCUGAAGACUCUGUCUGUCAUCAUGGGGGUGUUCGUCUUCUGCUGGUUCCCGUUCUUCCUCCUCAACUGUGCCGUCCCCUUCUGCCCAGGUCCAGGUACAGCCUCUAGAACCUCGUCAGACCCUUCCCCCUCCUCCCAGCUGUACUGUGUCAGUGAAACCACCUUCGACGUCUUCGUGUGGUUCGGUUGGAGCAACUCUUCCUUAAACCCCAUUAUCUACGCCUUCAACACUGAGUUCCGCGAGGCGUUCCUCCGCUUGCUGGGUUGCCAUGGAGACAACGGGUGCUUCGGCGGCUGGACGACGAGCGCCACGCGCGUGGAGACCGUUGUCUUGGCGAGCAACGAGGCCGCCGGGACGGAGAAGAAGAACUCGCUCAACACAACUGAGAUGGGCGUGGCUUACGAUACCGGCUGUGGCGCCGGUAGGGGCAGUGUCACAUCUGGUGUAAUCCCCAACCCGGUUAGGGGGAGGGCGCUACCGACACCGUUAAUUGACAGUAGAGGAGCUGUAACGAGCGGUGUGUGA